AUGGGAGGGCAUAAAGGUGGUGACAGUAUCUCACAAACAGAGGAUGAUUCCAAACUCAGCCAGCCAAAAAUGAUGUGUCACACCUGGAAUUCCAGUAACAGAAUUUUAAAUCAGAAGAAGCAGAUAAGCGAAACAUGGAAAUUCAGGAUUCCUCCAACAGUGCUUAGACAACACCAGACUGCAGAAAUACUUCUGCUUUCAAAUUUGGGUGUUGUUUAUUAUCAAACUGCUGCUUUUAUUAAGGACUAUGAGAACAGCCAAACAAUGCUUACGGAGCUCUGUGAGGGGCUAAAAGGAGCUUAUGUUCGCUCUCUUGAUUCCAAGAUUGCCGUCUCCACACCCCCAUACUUCUUCCUCAGCCACCUUUCCUUCGUGGACAUCAGCUAGUCCUCCGCCAUCAUCCCCCAGAUGCUGACAGUGCUGCUGGAACGCGGCAGAGUCAUCUCCAAAGUGCGUUGUGCCGCCCAGCUCUUCUUCUUCACCUUCUUUUCUUCCAUUGACUGCUACCUCUUGGCGGUCAUGGCCUGUGACCGCUAUGUGGCCGUGUGCCAACCGCUGCUUUAUGUCACCACCAUGACCGAGAAGGCCCGCUUGGGUUUGGUAGCUGGGGCUUAUGUUGCUGGUUUUUCCAGCGCCUUUAUUUGAACGGUAACUGCCUUCACUCUCUUCUUUUGUGGAAACAAUGAGAUCAACUUUAUUUUCUGUGACCAACCCCCUCUGUUAAAACUCGCUUGUGGGGAAAGCUACACCCAGGAGGUGGGGAUUAUUGUGUUUGCAGUUUUUGUCAUGCCUGCUUGUGUAUUGGUCAUCUUGGUUUCCUACCUGUUUGUCAUCAUGGCCAUCAUGCAGGUCUGCUCUGCCUGGGGCCAGGCCAAGACCUUCUCUACCUGUGCCUCCCACCUCAAUGCUGUUGCUCUCUUCUUUGGGACCCUCAUCUUUAUGUACCUGUGAGAUAAUUCAGGCCAGUCAUCGGAGGCAGACCAAGUGGUGUCCGUGCUCUACACAGUGGUGACCCCAAUAUUGAACCCUGUCAUCUACAGCCUGAGGAAUAAGGAGGUCAAGGAGUCUGUUGUGAAAGCCCUGAGCUGA